AUGCCACGCAAGGCAUCCGUCCCUGGAGCAGCCGCCGUUGCUGCCGCGGCCACGUCGAACCCCACGACGACGACGACCGACGAUGCUGCUGCUAAUGCUUCGAGCGCCGACACGCUCGGACUCGCUCAGUUUGAACUGCCCAAAGCACUUGGUCUGUACUUGAGCAUGCACUCGGUCCCUUCAACUGCUCACCCACCGCAUCCCCUAUCUCGCAGUCACUCGGAUAGCCAAAGCUUCGGUAUGACCAGUUCAGACAUCGAGCUCAACACGAAGCAGCUCUGAUACCCUGGCGUAUGAUUACCCUCAUCCAGGUCCCCGCGGGGGUUCAGCUACAACGGGAGAUGCCCUUGGCCCUCGUCAAAUCCAGUACUAUAUUCAUAAAUUACCUCGCAGCUCUGUACGUCCGAGAGCUAGCCCUGAUCGACUGACCCCCCCACCCCCCACCCCAAGCUGUUCUUUGACGCCGGCGAGAGCUUCAAACCUCCAAAUCUUUACUAACCUCACCUUGGAUCCUCUUCAAUCCCCGCGCAGCUCCCACGACGCGGCGCACGAAAAGAACCAAAAAACCAUCAGCGCGACGCACGUCCUCGAAGCGAUCAAGGAACUCGGCUGGGACGACCAGCAGGCGCUCAACAAGUAUCUAGCCGUGCACCUGCGCGCCUUCCGCAAGAACGUCGAGGACAAGAAGAAUGGCGUCGUCAGACCUACAACUUCCAAACCUAGCUCAGCUGCAGCAGGGCCGAUCGCGGUGCCGGGCGGGGGAGGGUCCGAGGAACCAGCUCGAAAGACAAGGACGACGAGAAAGACGGUCGCCGCGGCUCAACAGGCCGAGAACGAGGUCGAAGCUGCCGCUGCUCUGCAGGUCGUCGAACCCAAUGGUGUUAGAUCUUUGGGAGAGGACGAGGAAGGUGCCGAACAGGACCCGUAUCAGACCGAGGACGAGGACGAGGAUCAGAUUGACUUGGGACCGGAGGACGAAGAGGACGAAGUCGUCGAUGACGAGGAAGAGCUCGACGAAGACGCCGACGAUGGGCCAGGCUUGGAGGAUGAUCCGAUGCAGGAUGAAGAUUGA